AUGGACCAACACUCCACAUGCACCUUUGCACCGCCAAAUAUCCACGAACUGAUGAACCAAUUUGAACGAGACGCUGUGGGAAAGUACCUUUCCGGCUCCCCAGAGAUAGACCAUCUCCUCUCUCUCAGUAGAAUAAAUGUUCUACGCGCGGCUUACGAAAAUGUCAUUGCGCUAGGCAUGUCUGCUGAGUGGCUAUGUGCGGAUGAAGCAGUUUCCGUGUUCAGUCAGUCCUGUGCAGGGGUGCGAGAAAUAGAUAUUCCCCAGAGCUUAAGCCCAACAUCCUUACAGCGGAGAGUUCCACAUCAUCCGUGGCUGGAUGUCUUUCCUUUCCCGCAGAUGCGGGAUAAUAUGAUUCUGGCUGGAGAUGCCCUAGAUGAUGAUGAGCUGUGUCAUGACCUUGUAUGUUUCUGGGACACUCGUGAUAGCCGCGCAACGCUACUCGUCUGGGGAGCUCCCUGGGACCCGCAGAACUGGGAGGCUAGCGAGGCGUUCGCCAUCAAGUGGCACUGGGUACUAAGAGGCUGUCCUGACCUACUGGUUUCUACGAAUAAAUGGCGACGGAGGAGGGGUGAGAAACCUCUUCCGUGGAGGGAGAUCCUCGGGGCGGGAAGAACACAGGUUGUAUAA